CGUCCAAGUUGUGUCUCGUUAAAAUAACAAGUGGAUGUGAAAAUGGGUUCAAGUCAAUCACUGACAGUUACACUAAUGUUGCUUUGCACAGGUUUGCAAGCUUCGAAAGCAUCUGAGUGGAGAUAUUCGGGCAAAUAUGGACCAGAAAAUUGGCCGGGAAUAUGUGCGACAGGAAAGAAGCAGUCGCCGAUCGAUAUCGUGACAGAAGACGCCAUAAGAAUUGAUCUAGGUGCACUUAAAUUCAAUCGAUAUGACUUCGCUUUUCCUAGUACGAUGAUUAACACUGGACAUUCUGUGCAAAUAUUACUUGAUGGAGUACCACUCCAUCUCAGUGGCGGAAAUUUAUCAUCGUUAUAUGUUCUGGAGCAAAUGCACUUUCAUUGGAGUGCAGAGCAUACUGUGGACGGUUUACGUGAUCCACUAGAGUUGCACUUAGUGCAUUACAAUAAAAAGUAUACGAAUUUUAGUGCAGCCUUGCAAUAUGAAGACGGGAUUGUCGUGGUUGCUGUUCUAUUUGAGUUGAGCAAUGUCGAUAAUCCAGAUUUGUCGCUGAUUGUAGAUGCGACGAAAUUGGUGUCCAAUUGGGUGGGACACAAUAUGAUACACAUGAGAAAUAAGCUAAUACCUUUGUUGUUCCUACCAAAGGAUCAUACGACGUACUAUAAUUACGAAGGAUCUUUAACUACACCUACAUGCCAGGAGUCUGUAUGGUGGUUUAUUAUGACUGAGAAACUUAAAGUGUCGGAAACGCAGAUGGACGUAUUUAGACAAAUAGAUGGCAGUAAUGGUACAUUGAAAUUCAAUUACAGACCUAUUCAGAAGCUCGGCAACAGAAAAGUGUACCAUCGUCUAGAGGGAUAUAUUAACGCGUCGUCGAGUAUUACUUGGAAUGUCUAUACAAUUCUCAGCAUUCUUCUAGUCAGACUUUUGUGCGAAGAUUUUUAGUAUAAAAUAAAUAAGCGCCAAAUCAGACUUCAUGUUAUAGAACGUAUACGACGUGAUAUGACAACUGUUACAUGUGAUAUAAUUUAUUGCACUACUUUGGAAAAUAAGAUGUGCAUUCAUUAUGACAAAUGUUAUACGCUUGUAUAAAUGCAUUAUUUG